CCAAAAACACACACUGCAAUUUUGCUCCCUCCUAUUCUGUCCUUCUUUCCUCCCCUUUUCUUCUUUUAUUUUUAUUUUUUUAAAUUUUUUGUUCUCCUUCUUCCUCUUCUUCAACUUCUUCCCAUUUCACAUAGAUCAAUUCAAAGCACAAAUCACUCUGUAUCAGCUCUCUCUUUCGCUUUCUAUCUUCACUACCAAUCAAUCUGUUGAAGCUUCUAUUCUUUCUACACACGCUUACAGGCGUAAUUCUUAUAUAUUCUAACUUCUCGAGGGGGCUGUGGGGUUAGUAAAGAUGAGCGGUGGUGGGGUUAGGGUUUCAAUCCCGAGCAACGUGAGGAAGAUGAUCCAGAACAUAAAGGAGAUCACGGGCAAUCACAGUGAAGAGGAGAUUUAUGCAAUGCUCAAGGAUUGCUCUAUGGAUCCCAAUGAAACCGCUCAGAAGCUUCUUUUUCAAGAUCCAUUUCAUGAAGUCAAAAAGAAACGUGACAGGAGAAAAGAGAAUGUGAACAAUAGAGAGUCUGGAGAGGCUCGUUGGAAACCUGGAACACAGGGGAGGGGUAGUAGGGGUGGGCGGCCAAACUUUUCAGCUCGUUACACAUCACAUGAUGCUGGUGGUGGCAGGAAUACUGGCCCUGCAAGGGACAAUGGAACCAACCAAGCUGCAGAGAAGGGAGAUGGCAAUUCUUUGCCAGCCCCUCAAGAGAAAAGUAAGGAAACAAGUCUAUCAACAAGCUCUGCUGCUGUUGUGGCCAAUGGUGCCAUUGGUGAACCUUCUGGAAGCAACAGUGAAAUGCAUGCUUCUGACAUACCUUCAGGAAGUGGCAGAAGUCAACAUGAAGUGACUUCAACAGCUACUGCUGGUAGUAAGUUUGGAAGUUCAGUGUCCCCCAUUAAUGCUGAUAAAAACCUCAUCAUUGCAUCUGGAACUGGGGAUGCACAUAGUGAGCCCAUUCCAAGCUCUAGUAACUCCUUGGUACCUGCGACUCCACCAUCGUCGUCAGCAGUCUGUUUCUCAUCAUCAGAUCCUGUUCUUGUUCCAUCUAAUGAUUCAAGGCUUUCUGGUACAGUGGGCACCAUUAAACGUGAAGUAGGAAACCAUAGAGCUGUUGUUGAAUCAAAUACAGUUAUUCCUGCUGAGAAAUCAGCCUCUGAGAUUGCUACUCCUUCCCUGCAAGGGAAGAUUCCAAGUAAAUCCCAGGUUGGGAAGGGUCAGCUCAGUGAGUCUUUGCAAUCCUCAUCUGCAUCAAAUCAUGGUGGCUCUUCUGGCAGUCGGCCUUCCUCUAACUACAGUAGUAGGUCACAGCAAGUGGUUGGCCUGCAAAAAGUUGGUUCUACUAAGGAGUGGAAACCAAAGCCAGCAAUCUCUAAUGUGCCUCUUGGCUCUGGAACUGGUUCAUCAGAUGCUCCUAAUAUUCCAGUUGAACCCAGUGUCCAGUCACAGGCUCUAUCAAAUGUCCUCAGUUCCGAAGAGGCUACCUCUAAACUGCAGAAGAAGCUGGAGGAGCUGCAUCUUCCACAGCGACAGCAUGUUAUUAUUCCAAACCAUAUUCAUGUCCCUGAAUCUGAAAGAACGAAAUUUAGUUUUGGAAGUUUUGAUGCGAGUUUUGGAUUAAUGGCAAGCUAUGUUAGUGGUCCAGAGAGUGAUAAGAGUUCUACACCUUUGUCCGAAACUUCUCAAGGCAUUGAAGAAGCUGUGGAGGAACAGGCUGUGAGCAAUCAAGAUGCAUUAUUGACUGCUGAGGAGGAAGCUGAUCAUCCAGAGUCACCUUCACAUGCACCUGAAAAUUUACCUGGUGAUAAUGAUGUCUCUUCCAGUGCAGUACCCGAGUGUAAUGAGUCCAAGCCAGAGACUGCACUGCUUUCUGGGGUUCAGCCAUACUCAGUGGUACACACUUCUCCAAGCUACAAUUUUGGUUUUGCACCUCCAAUGCUGAGUAGUCAGACUGCACCAUUUGAAAACUGUGAAUCUCAAGAACGCGAUGUUUCUCGUCUUCCUAGCUUUGUAGUUCAACAACCAUUUGAUCCUACAAGUUAUUAUGCCCAAUUUUAUCGUGCGGGUGCUGAUAGUGAUGGUCGUGUUUCUCCCUUCCCUUCAGCUGCAGUUGCUGGUAAAUAUAAUGGGAAUGUUGCAGUGUUGCCUCCACAUAGUUCUCAGUCUCCCCAAGAGGGUGGGAAUUCACUAGUUCUGUCAACAGCAGGUCCAACUCCACAGGUGACUCAAGCUGGUCUCAUGCAAAGUUCCAUUGCUGUGACUCAACAACCACUCCCUGUCUUCCGUCCACCAACAGGGUUGCACAUACCCCAUUAUCCCCCAAACUUGAUCCCUUAUGGUCAUUACUUUUCCCCAUUCUAUGUUCCUUCUCCAGGCCUUCACCAAUUUUUAAGUAAUGGUGCAUUUCCCCAACAACCUCAAGCUGGAAGCUUAUAUCCUGCUCCACCAGCUGCAGCUGCCAUGGGGAUCAAAUAUUCACUUCCACAAUACAAACCAGGAUCUAAUACAGGGAAUUCAACUCAUAUUGGAAUGGCAAGUGGCUAUGGGUCAUAUGGCUCCUCUCAAACUGGUUAUAGUCCCAGUUCUGCGGCAACAGGAGGAAACUCUACUACAAAUGAAGAUCUGGGUGCACCUCAGUUCAAAGAAAGUAAUGUUUACAUCACUGGGCAGCAGAGUGAGGGUUCAGCUGUGUGGAUUGCUGCUCCUGGCCGAGAUAUAUCUAGCUUGCCAGCAAGUUCCUUCUACAGCCUUCCUCCUCAAGGUCAGCAUGUGACUUUUACCCCAGCACAGGCUGGUCAUGGCACCUUUGCCAGUAUCUAUCAACCUGCACAAGCAGUAACGGCAGCAGCUGUUCACCCACUUCUUCAGCAAUCUCAGGCCAUGGCUGGAGCCGUUGAUAUGGUGGGACCUGCAGCCAGUGUAUACCAGCAGCCUCAGCAUCAACAGAUCAACUGGCCUAGUAAUUACUGAAAGAUGGAUAUGAUUAUAUCCUUUUGUACACCAAAAAACAAGUCCAAUCUUUGGAUAAAUUUUGGGACUUGAACGAGUUUGGAUAGAGGGAACAGAAAGAAGAUACAAAAUUGGCUGGACUGAGAGAGCAAAUCUAAAAUAGGAGUUUGAAGAAAAAUUGGCCGUGGGUAUCUUCUACUUGGUUUCUGUUGAGGGCAUAAGAAGUGCAUUCUUCUGUAACAGAUAUUGACCAUUUUAAGUUAGUCUAGGUAGGUAUGUGCAGUUCUCUCUUUCAUGUUCCUGCCAUGUGGUGCUGCAUUUUGUUCAUUUGGUAGUCUAUUUGUCUCCUUCUUCUUUUGAAAAAAUAUUUAAACUUAGGAUUUCUAUUGUUGAGUGGUGAGAAUCUUUCCAAUUCUUUUUUGAGGUUUUCUAGGGUUCUGGAAGGAAGGUAAGCUAUAGGUUGGUGGCGAAUUUUUGCAAAUCCGUUUAUUGUCUUUCCGCUACCUGUAAAGUGAAUUUUGAUAGCAAGAAAAGGGAUGUACCUAACUGUUGUAAUUGGUAUAAGCAAAAGUGAACAAUUCCAUUGUUUAGCCUGACUGAUAUUGUCAUAAAUGCUUGGUAAAUAAUGUGAUUCUGGGGAAAGUUCACUGGGAA